ACCGUCAAAAGUGCAGCAUCGCAAGCGAACAAUUUCAGCGACCAGAAGAGAAAGGAAGUUGAAAAAAUAGUUGAAGCUAGGCUUGAAGCUUACUUAGUUUUCUGCCAAAGGCUUCAUCGGACAGGGAUUGCGUUCCCUAGGCCGAUUAGCUGAUUCAGGAUUCCCAAAUUACUCUCGUUUGCUUAACGAUAAGAAGCGUUUUUCCUGAGUUGAAGAAAAUUUGUAUCGCUUGCAGCCGAAUUCAGUCGCCACAAAAAUCGAUAACUGAAAGGGUUUAAACGGGUCGCCAAAGUCGAAAAAAAUCGUCGGGUCGUGAUGAAUUAAAAGUUAUACGGUAUUUUUUAACAAACCACUAGACCAAAUUUACAUUAGGAUAAAAGCAUAAUAGUCGAUCUUAGCGAAAAUAAAAGUGAGAUAAGUUACAGUUUACCAAGUCGUGUUAAAAGUGUGAAGCUGCCCCGCACAGCUCGAGCAGCAGAAACUGCGGUUUUUCCUGAAACUAGGUUACACAACUGCAAUCCGGGGAACAGUCACAGGCUGAAAAUCGAUCAAAGUAGCCUUUUUGCCUACCUUCAGGCGCAUCGAAGCAACCACUGAAAAUCAACAAUAAGCGGAAUUGAUACCCAAAUAGAGCAAAUCACAAAGCAAUCGAAGUAAACAGAAAAAAAUCAAACGGUGCAAGGCUAACAGAUUUUUGCAUCAGCCGCCAACGAGAACCAAAUUCCAAUGAAACCAAGUUUCAAAAACGGAAAAUUCGCAACAUCAAUUCAUGAAAAAUGUCUUUGCCAAAAGAAUGGAAUCUCCAGGCAUCGCAGGUCUGUCUCGAUCAACCAAGCAGACCUCAAAGUCUCCUGUCGGACGACAUCGAGAUCCAGCCAAAGUACGAGAAUAAGUUCCUGCAUGCGGUUUUCCACCCGUCGAUUCCGAACCACGGUCCAGCCCCGCUCAAUGCGGCCAUGCUCGCCGAGUGCGACAACAGUGGAUCGCUAUUCUCGAUCCAAUCGGCGCCAGUUGUCGCUACGGUUAGUACCGCAUCCGACAGUGGAAUCGGUUCGACGGGGUUCGGCGGGAUGUUGGCCUCGGAACAUCUGCCACUGGAUGCGUUCUUCGAUCAGCGCCAGCAGCGAGAUUCCUACCCGGGCGCCGGAAGCAAUGGACCAGGACCCCUCAUCAGUCCGCUGCACACGACGAACAUGGGUGCAGCAACAAAGGACGCCCGAACCUGUGACACGCUGCUUCGGCCGUCCUCGUUGGCAUUCGAUACCUACUAUCACACCAGCAAGCCACCGAAUGUUGACGCAACACUAUCCGCGGAAUUGGACGAAGACGACAACGAAAAUCUUCUGACUGUGUCAAGCUUAACUGCAAGGCCGCUCAUCGCUAAAUCACGCGAAAUUCGAAGCAAAAAAGAAAGGCUUCAGCUUAAACGCAAACCGAAGGUUUCCACCGAAUCGAGUAGCGACGACGGCGAAGACAGCCCUCCGGACGGAGGCUACGGAUGGUUCAUCGUGUUCGGAGCAUUUUGCGUUCAAUUUUGGGUUGCCGGGCUGGUGAAAUCCUACGGGGUGCUGUUUGUAGAAAUUAUGGAAAAUUUCCCGAACGCCUCGGCCACCACCGCCUCGUGGAUUCCGGCGAUCCUCUCGGCGCUCUGUUUGGUGCUGGCACCGGUUUCCAGUGCCCUGUGUCAACGAUUCUCUCCCCGGAUAGUGGUCAUCAUAGGAGGGGUGUUCUGCGCUAUGGGACUUACGCUAAGUUACUUCGCGACCAGUUUGAUUCAUUUGUUGUUCACCUUCGGGAUACUGACCGGAAUUGGAGGCGGCUUGUCCACAACACCGGGUAUAGUGAUCGUGUCACAGUACUUCGAUAAAAGGCGGGCGUUGGCCAAUGGGAUUACGAUUUCCGGUACGGCGGCUGGAAGCUUCAUCUUCCCAACGCUUAUCGAGCGCUUGAUCCAUUCGUUUGGAUUCCAUGGCACGAUUCUCAUUUUGGGUGGCUGCAUGUUGCACGUGUGCGUUUCUGGUGCCCUCUAUCGUCCGGUGGACGAAUGCAACGGCGCCAAAAAGACGGCUCUACCCAAAGAACCUGCCGCGAGGUCCGAUUUCAAGGAAAAUCUAGGGCACCUCAGUUCCUCCGAGGACCACCUGACCCGGCGCUGUCUCGAAGAUCUGUUCCUGGACGAUGCGGUGCGGGCAGCCGACAAAACCCGAAACAGUCUCAACCUAGACGGAAAAUUUGUGAACGUAACGGAGAAGACGCUCCAAGAAAGCGAAGACGAACUGAAAGAUAUACUCUCGAAUGCGAUCUUUCUGAAACCGAUUGCGUCGAUUCGCAGUUGCAGUAUUCUGCACUCGGUAGAAGAUUUGAGCACGGAUUCGACGUGCGUUUACAAGAAGCGUGCCACCGGGUACGACUCGCAGCGCAACAGCAAACGGCUGAAGCAACGACCAACUGCGGUAAGCACCGAGGAUGCGUACAACCGACUGAACCAGGGUUUAGCGCAACCUCCAGAGCUGAAGCUGGCAGCGAAGGAACUGCAACAACAAGAACCGCCACCAGCCAUGAACCAACCGGGGGCGCUACUUCUUCAACCACCACAGCCUGUUCAACAGGCCGGCCUGGGACUUCUGGAGCUGGGCGCAUUUGUUGAAGAACGGAACAACAACCCGGCCAGCAACAAUAACAACUCGCUGUCCCAGAACAACAACCGUGGACUCAGCAAAAGUAUGAUCAUCCCGACGCCGGUUUGCGAUCUGUCGAACAUUUUCGACGACGAUUACGAAGACUAUGAGCCUGAUUUGUUGGAAAAGAUUAACCAGUACCUGGACAUAUUACUGUUGAAGGAUAUAACGUUCAUCCUCAUGUGCCUGUCUGUAACGCUGAUGUCGGUCGGGUGUCCGUACAUGCUCUACUACCUGCCGGCUUACGCGAUUUCCGCUGGGUACACCAAAUCGGAAGCUGGUUACUUGGUAGCGGUUAGUGCGGCGAUGGAUUUGAUUGGACGACUUACGUUGGGAUGGCUGUCGGAUCUCGAUUUCUUCGACCGGAGAAAGGCUUACAUUGUGUGCAUUCUAGGGGCCGGGACGGCUGUGCUGACGAUCGCCUCAUUCGGAACUUGGAGCGUGAUCGUGUGCUGUGCCGGGUGUUACGGUCUCUGUCUGGGCAGUUGGUAUCUGUUGGUGCCGGUGCUGCUGACCGACAUGUUUGGAACGGAUCGAAUCGGUUCUAGCUACGGCCUAGUGCGAAUGUUUCAGAGUAUUGGUGCUAUCUCGGUGCCACCACUAGCAGGUCUUCUUCGGGAUCUCUCCGGUGGUUACGAAAUCUGUUUCUACUGUAUGGGUGUUUGCAUGGUGCUCGGCAGCGUACCGUUGUUGGUGAUCAUGAUCAAGGACACAUUGGCGAUCAGCAGCAAAAAACAACUCACCAUGGAUCCAGUGGCUUAAAUUCUUCGACUCAUCACGGAAUCGACGCAGUAUUAUGGUAAUAUACAUUCACAACUGAUUUUUACGUUGUUUUUGUCCCGAAUUGUAAAAAAAUGAUCGCGUGAAAGCAGCCCGUAUGCGUGCGAUUUAUAGUCUCAAAGACAUGAAUGUUUUUAUAGUAAUAAUUUUUACCGUUAUAAUUACAAAGACACCCAUACUCACACACUUACACCCAAUGACAAACCAACAGACCGAACAAUGUAACGUUAUGAACUUUUAUGUAAAUACUCGACAAACAACGGUAUCAAAACCAAAUAACCAAAAGGUACGUGUAAGCGCGAUUAUCAGCGCGCGCCUCAACAAUAAAGCACUAUUUUUUAAAAACAUUAGUUUUAGGGAAAACGUAAAAUAAUAGUGACAACAAAUUGAACCAAACGAAA